UACAAGACAAAAAAACUUGUAAUGAUCCGGAAAAAAGAACAAGGGUCUUAUUUUAUAACACUACCAAUACCAAAUAUGGAGACCAAUGUUCUGUACACAAAUCCGAAAUCCCUACUAAUGUUCUUGGGGCUGUUGGAGACUUACAUUGGUGAUGGUGAAUCGGUGAUUGAACAGGGCAGAAGACAGCGGGAGAACAGGGCAGACGACGGCGGGAUUCCGGGGCAGAAGACGGCAGCGUCGGCGACGACGACUUCUGUUGGACGACUUCUGUUCGGCGGGAGAACAGGGCAGACGACGCGAAGGUUGGGAGCGGGAGGAGUGAGGACGGCGCUGCCGCUGCGACGGCCGACGAGCUCGACGGGGACGACCGGACGAGGCGACUGGCGGGCGGCGGCGAGGGUAGGGACUAGGGAUUACUGGGGAACGAAAUGGGGAGGACGAGCGGCGGGUGAGGAGACUGGGGAACGAAAUUUAGGUCAGGGAGGAGAGGCCUUCACCGAUUUCGCCAUUUAGGUCAGGGAGGAGAGGCCAAAGCCAAACGACGCUGUAUUGAGGACAGGUAAGUGUGGUCGGUUUUUUGCGGUUACUUUGCACGGUUUCGGUUUUAACCGCUAACCGCUCGAAUUGCCCAACGGCUGAUGUUAGCCAACCGCAACCGACAAUCGCAAGCAACCGACGGUUUUUGGUUGGUCAGUAAACCGACGGUUUCGGUUCGGUUUCGGUGGUAACCGAAAAACCGGAGACCGAUUAACAGCCCUACUAAUGACUAAAUAACAUCAAGUUUGGAAAAGAAAAAGGUAAUCCCUUG